GCCAAUUUUAAUUUUCAACUGUUUAUAAUGACAGUAUAUUCCCUGUUUACAUUAACGGGUAGAGAAACUUUCAAUUAUGAGAUCGAUUACCCCAUCUCGGGGUAUCUUCGAUGAACUACAUAAUGUCAAGAAUUUAGCUUUAUACGACAUAUGCUCCUUUUUUAAUAAGUGGGAAAAUGGUGUGACGAAACUUCAAGACAAGCUACGUGCUCAGGAACUGCUGCUUGCUAGUGGUGUAAGAGACGCAGAAAGUGCACUACUUGAGAUAAAAUCGAAGAAAAACAAUGUUGUUCAAAAGCAGAAAGCCGCUUUUACGAAAACAAUAUCCGUACUCGAAGAAGCCAUCGAAAAACUUGAAAGUGAAGUGGCCGAUUUAACAACAGAAUACCAAUUGUGGCAAGAAGAAAGGGACAAAAAAGUGAGUGAGAUGAAAGAAGUAUGGGAAGCACAUUGCCAGGCUAUGCACCGCUACAAGAAAAAUCUGAACAUAUAUAUUGACAUCAAUGAUGAGGACAGCAAAAUUUUUACGGUAUACUUUUUUAAAACUGACAAAGAAUCUGGCAGUGAGUACAGUGUUAAAUUACAACGAAAAGAGGAUCUUUGGCAAAUGGUUUCUAUGAACACACAUCUGCCAAUAGACAAGAAAUUACAAGAACAUUUGGCUCAGUCAAAUGAUAUACAAGGAUUCUUGGUGUGUGUCCGAAAUCAAUUCAAACGUCACAGAGAUAGGAAACCUUAAGAAAAAUGCAAAUGCUAGUGAAGUAAUUUUCUAGUUAAACCAUUUUAGAUAACACAAAGGAGACUUAUAUUUAAAGGCUAUUAAAAUAUAUUUUUUAUUAUAUCUUACAGAAAUAUAUAUAUGUACAUGCGUGUGCGUGUACACACACACACACACACACACACACACACACACACACACACACACACACAC